CGGAACUUACGAUUAGCUCUAUUGAAAUUCAGGUGGUCCUAUUAGUAUUAUGUCAGCUCAUUUCCAGUUUCAAUACUAUUUCACGUAGUUUAGGCUAAUACUUAACCUGGGGUCUACCUGUUCUAUGGCAAGUAGUACUGGUGAUACGCUAGUCAGACUAGUGAUAUUGAUAUCGGUCGUUAACGACUUGACGCUCUCCCACGCCCUGUACACUAGCAUAACAUAGCCAGUCAAGUCACUAGCUCACUUGCGCCUUAGCCUAACUUACGUCUACUAGCUCAUUAAUGCCCUUCGGAUCUAGGCAAGUAUUUCAAUCUCCUUCUUCAACUUCUUCUCGGUAUUCCUCUCUCUCUCGACCCUCGAUAUGCUUCGCACGAAUCUCUCUCCAAAUGACCCCGUAGACCAACAUCCCACCAUCGGUUUGAUCGGGAUGGGUGCAAUGGGCGCUAUGUACGCAACUCAUCUCUCAAACGCAGGCUGGAAAAAAAUCAGCGUUUGCGAUAUUCCGGAGAAAUUCGACUCCUUGAAGCUCCAAUAUGCAAACGUACCUGGAAUUACAGUCCACGAAGAUGGACAUGCCGUUUCGCGAAUUUCAGACUUCAUAAUGUACUCCGUGGAAGCCGAGUACAUAGACCGUGUAGUCGCACAGUAUGGUCCAUCAACCAAAGUAGGCGCUAUCGUCUCUGGUCAAACAUCCGUCAAAGCUCCCGAGAAAGACGCUUUUGAAAAGUACCUCCCUCAAGACGUCCACAUCGUGUCCCUGCAUUCUCUUCAUGGUCCGACCGUUUCCCCUGAGGGCCAGCCCCUGGUUCUCAUACAACACCGCGCUCCAGACUCGGCCCUUCAUGUCGUCGAAAGCAUCUUUCGUUGCUUCCGCUCUCGCUUCGUCUAUUUGACAUACGAAGACCACGACCUAGUUACCGCCAAUGUCCAAGCGGUCACCCACGCUGCCUUCCUCACCAUGGGCACAGCCUGGGCAAGCCAGCGCUCCUAUCCCUGGGAACAAGGCCAAUACGUCGGCGGAAUAGAAACAGUCAAAGUAAACAUCAUGCUCCGUAUCUACUCAAACAAAUGGCACGUAUACGCAGGCCUCGCAAUCCUAAACCCCUCCGCCCGCAUCCAGAUCGACCAAUACGCUUCCUCCGCAAGCGCUCUCUUCAAACUCAUGCUCGCAGGCGACGAAGAAGGCCUCCGCACGCGUAUUUAUCAGGCACGCGAACAGGUCUUUGGGACCGUCAAAACAGAACGCGCUCCCAUUUUCCUUACUGAAGAUGUUCUGGAUCAGUUUACGAUCGGCGGCAACCCGAAGCUGAACGGCAGGUUAAGUCCGACAGGCACAACCGCACCCCGUGCGAACAGCCAACUCGCACUCCUCGCAAUGGUAGACUGCUGGGCCCACCUCCAGAUCCAGCCUUUCGACCACCUCGACCUAGCAGCAACACCCAUAUUCAGGAUGUGGAUCGGCGUCGCAGAAUACCUAUUCCGUUCCACCGAACGACUAGACGCUGCCAUUCGCUCAGCUGUAUAUGACGUCACCCAUCGCUCGGAUGAUUUAGAGUUUGUUAUUGCUGCGAGGGGGUGGAGUCAGUGCGUGUCCUUUGGGAGCUUGGAGUUGUAUAAACGGAGGUUUUUGGAGACCGCAUCGUUUUUUGAGAGUAGGUUUGAGGAGGCGGGUGCGAUUGGGUCGGAGAUGAUAAAAGCUAUUUCGCAGAGUUAGCGCGUUAUCUUGUACGUUUCGUGUAGAAUGUCUUGCUGUUUUUUUGGAUCUGGUGCUGCAUCACUCGUGAAUGAUAUGAUGUCUUCGACUAGCCGCUGGUUUGGCGGACA